UGAAAAGUUACGAGACACAAAGUUGAAUAAAGUAGUCUGCAUUGGAAUAGAGAGCACGAAGUUACUAGGUUUGGUAUGAUGUCCGCAGAGCAGAAGAAAAUUCAGGAAUGGUGCGCAAAGCAACCCGCGGUAACAGUGGCGAACCUUGCCUCCGGAAAUGAGUUGAAACUCGAGUUCCCCUGGCGCCACGAAUUCUGGUAUGAUCAGUGCUCCCGCCAGGUCACGCUUGUUGAUAUCAAGAUGGCGGUGGCGCAGGCGCUGAAGACGGCAAACGGCAGUCGCUGGCAACCCUGGCAACGGAUUGAGCUUUUCGUGGAUGCUUCUUCCGAAAUCGCUGAGAAGGUGCGUUCCUGCAGCAGGCACGACCAGCAGCGCGAAGAGCCGGCGAUCGGAGCGGGUCUGGUGCAACUUACCGUAGAAGACCCAGACAGCUUCGACAUCGAUCUCGACCACUUUCUCGCGGAAAUGGCGGACGCGGGGCAGGACGCCGCAGAAGUCGCGGAGACCGAAACGCGCGAUGGCCAGGAAGACGACAGCAGCCCGGCGCGCGACUCCGUUGAGGAUCAGUCCCCUUGCAGCCCCGCUCGUGCACGGUACGACGGCUCGGGAGGGAUCAAAUUUUUCGACCCGGUAUACAAGCGGUUCGAGGACAGAGAGACGCUGUCGGACGCAAUCUUUACCAUGGCCGCGAAUUUCCACUGGGACGCAUUCGAGGCGUGCUGGCGUAACGAUAAGCUGUCGUAUUCUGACCACGGAGAGGGGAGUGAGUACGCCCGGGAAAAGGAGGAAGGUGAGGCAUGGUUUGCCAGGUGCUGUUGGUCGGAGUACGUGGAAUACCGUACCGACCCACCGUCGCCGCGUAUCCGGGACUGGACGCUCGCCCAGGCACGUACGGAAAAACGAAGAGUUCUUCGUGAAUUCGGACCGAUGGGCGCUUGGGACGUUUCGGGCGUGGAGAGUCUGCGCGCACUAUUCUGCCCGCACUAUUACGGGGUUGGCGAGCCGAGGCUCCCGCGUAAUUUUGAGUGGAUUGAAGCUGUGCUCCAGGACUUUGACAUCACGAGCUGGAACACGGCAGGAGUGUUGGACAUGAGCCGCAUUUUCCGCUAUUGUCGCGCUUUCAAUGGCGACGUGACCGCAUGGGACGUCUCCUCCGUGGAAGACUUCACCGAAGCCUUCUACGCCUGCGGGAAGUUUAACCAGCCGUUGGGGUCAUGGGAUACGCGCUCCGCGAAAUCGAUGAACCACAUGUUUUACUACUGCAAGUCGUUCGCGCCGAUAGAUCCCCUUCGGUGGAACGUCAAGAAGGUCGCGGACGCGCGGAAGAUGUUUGCUGGCACUCCUGAGUGCUGGAGAGAAAAUAAGCAGUUUUCGAGGGGGAUGCGCUUUCCAAAGAGCUGCGACACGAGGGAUAUGUAUCGUGCAGUUUGAAUAAGUUGCACUUCUGAACAAAAGUCCCGGCUAGCGCGUUGAUGAUGAUGAUGAUGAUGAUGAUGAUGAUGAUGAUGAUGAUGAUGCACUUACGGAAAAGCAGCAAAAAAUAGAGUGGUUGAGUUUUGGAUUUGAUUUUACAUCUACGACAUCCCUAUGUUCGUGCGCGAAGUUCGGUGUCAUCAGUGAGGAAGAAGGAGGAUGUUUGAAGAACAGCGACGUUGAAGAAUGCACUACGCCUAAGGUGAAGUAGUUGAUGUUGCCCCUGGGGUCGUCCCGCCUUCCUACUACACAAAGGCACCAUGGUCUUCCUGGGAGAUCAAGAAAAGCUGCUGCACCUCCUGCUCCUUGAAGGUGCAUGAUAAAGAAACACGAGUUCGAAACUCGGCCGCGAUGACGCUUUCUUAUUCAUCAGAGGAGUUGUUCCGAGCAGGAUCUGUUGAUCCUGAUUGCAGGCCCCCCAAGGAUGUUUGGGCGCUUGGAGUUGAGAAGUUGUCGAGAUUCACUGCUAGCAGACUGGG